AUGGCAUCGUCGUCAAGACCCGCCACUCGAGUGGACAGCAAUAAGUUGGAUGUGGUUCUGCUGUCGCUCGUGGUGGUUUGCUUUGUGUGCUUUUACUCGGGCAGUUUGCACUGGAGCUACACUGUGGUCGAUGUCGUUGCGUCUUCCAGCAGCAAGGCUCCCACUGCUGCCGACAAUCUCUUGGAUAAGCUCGAGCACUUGCUGCUCAGUGGAGGUGUGGCAGGUCCGACCAGGCACCACAAGUCUACGACGACGUCAAUAUUAAGUCAGAUACCCAAACUAGUGCCCAGCGAAUUGCGGCUUCCCACACCAAUCCUAGUCAUGGGACUGGACCAGGUUGGAUCGACCGCUAUUCAGGGCUAUUUUCAAUGCGGUCUCGUUGAUGCUGCCAAUGAGGUGGCUCCUUACAGGAAGGAUGUGUACGAUGGAGUAGCAUGGGACCAUGAUGAUUCACAGCAAGAAGAUGUAAUAGAGACCGUUCUACAAGACAUUCAUAAUCAAUUCCCCAAUGCCACGUGGAUUCUCAAUACCCGCGAUGAACUGUCGUGGCUCCAUUCCGUCAACGACAAUCCACUUCUUCUUAAAAAUGCCAAUAAAAAGGAUGAUGCCGAAAAGAUUGCCUUGUUCCGACGACAAACGCAACGGGUCAAGGAAUUUGUUGGACAACAUCCAUCUCAUCAUUUGGUUCCUGUCCAGACUGAUGGGUUCGAAGCCGGACAAAUCAUGGAAAAUGCCUUUGGAAUUCCCAAGGAAUGCUGGGGGCACGACGACUCUACUUCCAUUUCAUGA